UGCAGUACAUGAUGUUAAAGGAGCAUCAAAAAGUUUCCCGAAGCAUGAGUCUCGGCAUAUUUCCGACCACAAGAACGUUGCUAGGUGCGCUAGGUUUAGUCCUGAUGGAAGAUUUCUUGCAACUGGAAGUGCUGACACAUCAAUAAAGCUGUUUGAGAUGUCAAAAGUCAAGCAGAUGGUGCUUUCAGAUGGAAGAGAUGGCCCUGUGCGGCCUGUGAUACGGACAUUUUAUGACCACCUGCAACCAAUAAAUGAUUUGGAUUUUCAUCCUCAAAAUACAAUCCUGAUUUCCGGGGCCAAAGACCGCACAAUAAAGUUCUUUGAUUUUUCAAAAACAGUCGCAAGAAAAGCAUUCAAAAUUAUUCAGGACACUCACAAUGUGAGGUCUGUAUCAUUUCAUCCCUCUGGAGAAUUUCUUUUGGCAGGAACCGACCAUCCAAUUGCGCACUUGUAUGACGUUAAUACUUUCCAAUGCUAUCUAUCAGCAAAUAUUCAAGAAAUUAACAAUGGAGCCAUAAAUCAGGUCAGGUAUUCAUCGACUGGUGGCAUGUAUGUAACAGCUUCGAAAGAUGGUGCUAUACGACUGUGGGAUGGGGUAACUUCUCAGUGUGUCCGCUCGAUUCUUGGUGCUCAUGGAACAGCGGAAGCUACUAGUGCAAAUUUCACGAAAGAUCAAAGAUACAUUCUUUCUUCCGGGAAAGACUCUAUUGUAAAUCUCUGGGAUGUUGGGACAGGAAGAUUAGUCAAGCAGUAUCUUGGCGCCACACACACACAGUUGCGGUGCCAGGCAGUGUUUAAUGAAACCGGGGAGUUUGUACUCUCUUUCGAUGAAUCAAGCAAUGAGAUUGUCGUAUGGGAUGCACUAACGGCAGAGCAAUUGCAGUCUCGGCGGUGCUAUGAGGUCACAUUGAAGACGGCCGAGGCGCAGCAUAAGAGGAAGAGUGAUGACCUGCCUGAGUGCUCCCGUCGGGAGAAGAAGCAAGAAUUGGGAAUUAGCUUCCCGGACGAGCUAAUGGAAGAUAUAGGGGUGGUUGUUGCCGCGAUCGUGGAGCAUAUCGUAUUUGAAUAA